CCCCGGCGCGGCGGCGGGUCAUGGCGGCGGUGGGGUCCCCGCAGCAGCAGGUGCGGAUGGCCCAUCAGCAGGCCUGGGCGGCGCUCGAGGUGGCGCUCCGGGUGCCCUGCCUCUAUAUCAUCGACGCCAUCUUCAACUCCUACUACGACUCCAGCCAGAGCCCCUUCUGCCUCGGGUUCCAGAUCUUCCUCCGGCUCCUCGGUAUAUUUGUAUCCAGUAUUGUUCUUAUCUUGUCGCAGCGAUCACUUUUCAAGUUUUACAUGUACAGCUCAGCUUUUCUCCUCGCUGCAACCUCAGUGUUGGUGAAUUACUAUGCUGCUUUGCACAUUGACUUCUAUGGUGCCUACAACACGUCAGCUUUUGGAAUUGAGCUGCUUCCUCGAAAAGGCCCUUCGCUGUGGAUGGCUCUGAUUGUUCUCCAGUUAACGUUUGGAAUUGGCUAUGUGUCACUGCUCCAGAUCCGCUCCGUCUAUUCACAGUUAAUUAUUUUGGAUCUCUUGGUUCCUAUCAUAGGCUUAAUCACAGAGCUACCAGUGCACAUCAGAGAGAUGUUAGUUGUCAUUUCUUCUUUGAUUCUUACAUUAAAUACAGUGCUCGUAUUGGCAGUGAAACUGAAGUGGUUUUAUUAUUCCGCACGGUAUGUCUAUCUUCUGGUGAGGCACAUGUAUCGGAUCUAUGGCUUGCAGUUACUGAUGGAGGAUACGUGGAAGAGGAUUCGUUUCCCAGACAUCCUGCGAGUCUUCUGGCUGACAAGAAUGACGGCCCAGGCCACAGUGCUCAUAUACAUUCUAAGGGUGGCAAAUGAAACGGAGUCCAUCUUUAUUUCGUGGGAUGAUUUCUGGGACCUCAUUUGCAACCUUAUAAUUAGCGGAUGUGAUUCGACACUGACUGUUCUGGGCAUGAGUGCUGUCAUUUCCUCGGUUGCCCAUUAUUUGGGCCUUGGAAUAUUGGCCUUUAUUGGAUCGACUGAAGAAGAUGACAGGCGGCUUGGCUUUGUAGCACCUGUUCUUUUUUUCAUCUUGGCUCUUCAGACUGGUCUCAGUGGGCUCAGGCCUGAAGAGAGACUUAUUCGCUUAAGUAGAAACAUGUGCCUUUUAUUAACUGCUGUCCUGCAUUUCAUCCACGGAAUGACAGACCCCGUGCUGAUGUCCCUCAGUGCCUCUCAUGUGUCGUCCUUCCGCAGACACUUUCCUGUGCUCUUUGUCUCAGCUUGCCUCUUCGUUCUUCCUGUUUUACUCAGUUACGUUCUUUGGCAUCACUAUGCACUGAAUACUUGGUUGUUUGCAGUGACAGCCUUUUGUGUGGAACUCUGCUUAAAAGUGAUUGUUUCUCUCACUGUUUAUAUGUUAUUCAUGAUUGAUGGCUACUACAAUGUCCUCUGGGAAAAGCUCGAUGAUUAUGUCUACUACGUUCGUUCCACAGGCAAUAUUAUUGAGUUUAUAUUUGGAGUGGUAAUGUUUGGAAAUGGGGCUUACACUAUGAUGUUUGAGUCAGGAAGUAAAAUUCGAGCAUGUAUGAUGUGCCUACAUGCAUAUUUUAACAUCUACUUACAAGCGAAAAAUGGCUGGAAGACAUUUAUGAAUCGUAGGACUGCUGUUAAGAAAAUUAAUUCACUUCCUGAAAUAAAAGGGAGCCGCUUACAAGAAAUAGAUGAUGUGUGUGCAAUCUGCUAUCAUGAGUUUACAACAUCUGCUCGCAUUACACCAUGUAACCAUUAUUUCCAUGCACUUUGCCUUCGGAAAUGGCUGUACAUUCAAGACACUUGUCCAAUGUGCCAUCAAAAUGUAUACAUCGAAGAUGAUGUCAAGGACAGUUCAAGUACAGCUAACAACAAUGGAUUUAUUGCACCCAAUGAAAACCCAGAAGAACCUGUAGCAGAAGCUGGUGCUGAAUCCGACAGGGAAAUGAAUGAAGAGGACAGUACAGAUUAUGACGAUGAUGAUGUUCCGAGAGACAGAAAUGGAGUCAUUCAGCACAGGGGCCCAGCAGCCGAAGAACUGGUUAAUGAUGAUACUGAUUAAAAUGGCAUUUACUAAUCAUUGAAGUAUUUGUUUAAAAUUCAGUUCAUCCAAAAUGGAAUAAUAGGCUUCACUUCAGUGUGUAACCAGCACAAAAACAGUAUCAAUGUUGAAUCUGUGAAUGGUUAUCUGUUUACUGUGAUGUGCUACUGUAAAUAUACCUCUUUAAUUACUUCUGGUCUCUUUGGUGACCUAUUUAAAUUUGUGUACAUUAUUGUACAUAGAAUAAAAUGUUUUCACAUGUUUUUAUGACAAAA